CCCGUUACUCAAAAGAAUAUAUAUUCUGCAACACUCUUCAAGAUGGAAGCAAACCCAUCAACAAAUUCGAAAACUUUCUCCGAUAAUCAUCCCGGAAAAGCUGCCUCUGAUAUUUUCCCGUGGUAUUUGUGUUGGGUCGCCGGAAAAAAUGGCAGUGGUGGAGAAAAAGAGCGACUUGGAAGCUGGGCUGCUGAAGAAGGAUCAGAACGACAACGGAGGGUGUCGUAUCACCUCUGUCGUGCUCCUUAGUACGCUCGUUGCUGUUUGUGGUUCGUUCUGCUUUGGCUGUGCCAUGGGAUAUUCAUCGGUUGCUCAAUCUGGGAUCAUCGAGGACUUAGGCAUCUCUGUGGCAGAAUACUCGAUGUUUGGCUCAAUCAUGACAUUUGGAGGGAUGCUCGGUGCUAUAUUUUGUGGGAAAGUCGCAGAUGUUCUUGGUCAAAGAGGGACAAUGUGGUUUGCUCAAAUUUUCUGCAUUUCUGGAUGGCUUGCAAUAGCGUUCGCCCGGGAUUCACUGUGGCUAGACGCUGGAAGAUUGUCAAUAGGAGUUGGAGUCGGUCUAUUUAGCUACGUGAUACCUGUAUAUAUCGCGGAAAUAGCCCCAAAGCAUGUCCGAGGGGCAUUUGUAUUUGCUAGUCAGCUGACACUGAAUUGUGGGGUAUCACUUUUCUUCAUAAUCGGAAAUUUCAUUCCUUGGCGUAGAUUGGCAUUGAUCAGUCUCAUCCCCUGUUCUUUGCAAGUCAUUGGUUUGUUCUUCAUCCCAGAGUCUCCGAGAUGGCUGGGGAAAUGUGGACAAGAAAAAGAAUGCAAUGCUGCAUUGCAGCGUCUCCGGGGGAAAGAUGCUGACGUUUCUCAAGAAGCCAGUGCUAUCAAAGAAACCGUGGAAAUGUUUGAACAAGGCCCAAAACCCCGGAUUGUGGACUUGUUUCAGAGAAGAUAUGCUACGUCGCUCAUUAUCGGUGUGGGACUAAUGCUUCUGCAACAGCUAUCUGGCUGCACUGGCAUUACUUACUAUGCCAGCAGCUUAUUUGAAAGAGGAGGAUUUCCGAGCAGCAUUGGCUCAACUGUUCUUGCCAUGAUUUUGGUACCCAAAUCCUUUAUGGGUCUGAUCUUGGUUGAGAAAAUGGGGAGGCGACCACUUCUUAUGACUUCUGCGGUUGGGACGUGCCUCUUCGGCUUGCUCCUUAGCAUUUCCUUCUCCUUGCGGUCACUUGGCCUUCUGAACGAGUUAACUCCCAUGUUAACAUGCAUCGGCGUGUUGGGUUCUGUCACCGUUUAUGCCAUUGGGAUGGGAGGCUUACCAUGGAUCAUAAUGUCCGAGAUUUUCCCGAUGAACGUCAAAGUUUCUGCGGGAACCUUAGUUACCUUAGCUAACUGGUCCUUCGGUUGGAUCAUAGCAUACGCAUUCAAUUUCUUGCUUCAAUGGAGCGAAUCUGGAACGUUCUUGAUCUUCUCUAGCUUCUGCGCUGCGACUGUUGCAUUUGUGUAUGUGUUGGUACCUGAAACAAAAGGAAGAUCGCUCGAAGAAAUUCAAGCCUCUCUUGCAGAUUUUCUGCUGUAAGAUUCUCCGUUAACCCGAAAUUAGUUUUUCGGUUUCGGGUUUACAAAAAUGGUUCACAAUGCAUUGGCAAGUUUAAAGCUGCAUCUUUGCAAGUCCUUUGUGUACACUUCUUGUGUACACUUAGCACUAUAUAUGUAUAUGUAUAAGAAGUGUACUAUGCGCAAAAGAUAUCAAAAUUAAAACUUGAAUUAUCGUGUAAAUCUGCAAUUUUUAAUA